GUGGAACUUCACCGCGACUGACAUGGAUCCACAGCGAUGAGUAGACUCCUUCAACGGCUGGCUACUCAUCUAGGCCAUUCCCAAGCAGCGCUCGAGCUGAAAUGGAUGUCUGCAUUCGCAGAAACGUCGAAGAAAUCACUUUCUGAACUUGUCGACAGGCGAUUGAAGGAUGAACCUCUGCAGUACAUUCUCGGUUCGCAGCCAUUCGGUGGCCUCAACUUGAUUGUACGGCCUCCAGUGCUCAUUCCACGCCCGGAAACCGAAGACUGGACCAUCAGGCUGUCCAAGACUAUCACGCCGUCGCCAGAGCGCCCUAUAUCAAUCCUGGAUCUGUGUACAGGAAGCGGAUGCAUCCCCUUGCUACUAUGCCACCUAUGGCCUCAAGGGAGCGUCCGUGCUUGCGGUGUUGACGUCUCUGCUGACGCAGUAGAGUUGGCGACGGAAAACGCUGCAAGACACGACAUUCCAUCUGUAAUAGGCGACAUGCGAAAUAGCUUCAAGGCCCAGCAAGGAAACAUUCUAGAUCCAGCGUUUCCCAAGAGCCUGGAGCCACCGUUCGACAUCCUCACUUCUAAUCCGCCUUACAUACCCUGGAAGGAAUACCUUGAGCUCCCUCCUUCGGUCUUGCGAUACGAGGACCCAAGGGCGCUUUUCGGUGGCCCGUCAGGUUUUGAGUUCUAUCAUGCCGUUGCCCGUAUAGUCUCGCGUCCAGGCAUUCUCAAACCCGACGCUGUUGUGGCACUCGAAGUGGGACAUGAUCAGGCGGAAGAGGUGGAAGACAUUCUGCGCGACGUUGGCGAAGUCCGGCGAACAGAGAUAUGGAAUGAUCCCUGGGGAGAGGCUCGUACGGUCCUCGGAUGGCGAUCGUAGUAUUCAAACUUGGCCUCAGGGAAAAUGUCAGCCAGCAGUCCCACUGUACCUCUGGAGCGUAAUAGUCUCUACAUAGCCACUGAUUGGCUCAUAAAUCAGCUCGUUUACAAGGCAGACGACGCAGCAAGUUUGCCGCAUAUAAGUGGAUGGAACUACCUCCUCAUCUCAGUAGAUUCAUGAUCACUGCCGUUUAUCCUAUUACGCUUACGCUAAAAUGCUAUCGAUUAUCUUUAUUCACAAGGGUUCAAGGCCUGAGUAUGGUGCCUGAACAAGA